CGUUAUCGAUUUGAUGUUACGAUCGAAGAUGACAGCAAAAGAGAAACUUACGUAUUUGCACAAUCCCAUGUCAUUCUAUUCUCAAAAGGGAUCACUAGCACUGAAACAAAAGAACAUCCCAUACACGGAACAAAUUAUUGACUUACACGGAGGAGAAACUCAUUCUCCAGGGUACGUAGAAAACAUCAAUCCUCAAGGAGCAGUUCCGGUCCUAAAAAUAGAGAAAGAUGGACAUGUACGUUACAUCCCAGACUCUGAAGAGAUUAUUAAAUACCUAGAGGAAAACUAUCCUGAUAAUGGGCCAAAGCUCAUUCCUGCUCAGGGAUCAAAAGAGAGACAACAGGUUGAUGAAUUUAUGGCCUUGUUCAACCCUCUGCGUGUUGAUCUUAUUACAUAUGGAUGUAUCCUCAAUCCUGAACUGACUGAUGGCAUGGUGUUCCCAAAUCUAAUGAGACAGCGUGCCAUGACCAUGCUAGUAACAAAUGCUGAACGACUAGAAGUUUUAAAAAGAGAAAAUCCAAAAUUGAAGGAUGUUUAUCAAUCCAAAAUAGAUGGAUGGGUUGACAGAAAGAAAACAAUGACAGAUAUUCGUGCUGUUGCUGAGAUAAUUGACAAUGAAUUGGCUCCACUUAUGGGCAAGAUUGAAACCACACUUGCACAGAGAUAUGAAGCGUCUGGUGUGAAUGGUACCUGGCUCUGUUCAGACACAUAUACAGCCGCAGACAACUACUUAGCAGUCCUUCUCCAGCGUCUACACUUUAUAGGACUCUCUAAGCGGUUUAUUGAGUCAAAUAUCUACAUCAAUCGAUAUUAUAAACAAUUGAAGCAAAACAAAAACUUUUAUGAUGUAUGUAUUAGAAUCGCCAUACAGAUGCAUGUAGUGCAGAAGUUACAGGCUUUAAAGCCUUAUGUAGCAGGCCUUGCAGCUGCUUCAGUGGUUGCUGGAUUAGGCUACUUUCUUUACAAGAAAUACAUCAAAUAGACUUACCAGACAAUCGACAUUUCCAUAAGAAAUGCAUGCAAUCAUAGCUGGUGUAUUAUGUAGUAGAGUAUAAUAAGGUGACAACAGGCCUGUAGUCCAGAUUUGCCACGGGGGUUCAGUUUUCAAAAAUUU